AGUUCCAUCCAACCAGUCCAUUAUAUGCAGCCCCCAACUGUAGGCUUACUCACAAAAUUCAGCCCCUGAUCCAUGACUCAGGUGAGCGACAACAAAGGGGAAAAGUGGAGGAUGAUGGGGAUGCCUGCCAAAUGGAAUGUGGGGUGGAGGAUGCUGUUUAUAUGUCAUCCAACCCAGUCAUCAUGUGGAUCCUACUAAGAUGAAGGGAUAAUACGGGCACCAACCUAUUCUUAAAUUUAUAUGGGCUACAACAAGUGAAUAGGUAUGUUUUAGGGGUGAUGGUGCAUUCCCCCUCCCAUAUCCCACCUGAGUUUUUGUUGUGGAUGAUUCUUGGGAGGUGUAGUGCCCACGAGGAGUUGCACCGGAUACACUUUCUCUAUUCCACAUGCACAUCACAGCGAGAGCUCUUAAUGCCAUUUUCCAACAUUGGGGUCUUUCUGUUACUUCUGAUGACUGGAACAUAAGUGGAGACCCAUGUAGUGGGACUGCCGUUAAUUCAUCAACAAUCAGCGACCUUGGGAUCAAAUGUGAUUGCCAAUCCAACGGUGGAGGCACCUGCCACAUAAUCGAAAUAAAAGCGUACGAUCUGGGGGUGCAAGGGGCAAUUCCAGAAGAGCUCUCAAACCUGACAUUGCUGACAAAAUUGUACGGAUCCUCACCUCUUUUCCCGCCGUCAUUACUGGAGUACUAGUAUGAGAAACGGUUUCAUGCUUUGGCAGAACGCUGUAGUUUAAACUCAGGCAUUAAGAUUCUUGUAAAACUGGGGUACGAGUAAUUAAGAUCAACCGCCCAAAUGUUGGGACCCAGUUUAAAUACAUUUUGGAUUAAAACAUUAGGCUUAUUUAGCUUCUUGAGUGGCCGCUUGGUGGAUAUCUGAUGUAGUGCUGAAAUGAAAGCCAUUCAAUGGUCUGAAUUUCAUAGAAAAGUAUUCAUUAAUCAAAGGUUAUGAUCAUUCAAUUAAUCCAAUUUU